AUGGACUCAAAUGACGCGCCUGCGACGCGGCUUGCUCCGCAGCCCGCAUCUUCCAAUCCCACUACCGUUCCCAUGGCAAAACGCCGGCCUGGUCGGACAUUCAAGAAUCCACAACGGAGCAGCUCCUCCCGCUCAAGAUCUGGUCCAUAUAACCGUCCCUCGAACUCCCCUCGACCGUCGCGAUCACAUACUUCCACACCAAAUAUCAGAAUGCUUUCAAUGUUAGAGGCCCUCCCUGCGGAGGUGAUCGAGCAGAUCUUUCUGCACUCGUUGAAUCUCAACCUCCCUCAAGCUUCGCCGUUUCUUUCACGCGUCCUCUCGCGCGAGCACAUGUACCGCACCCUUAUUCUUCUCGCCUUCUGGAACGACCCGCCCAGCUACCCCGGGAGCGAUGCUAUAAACAAAAUGAUGGUUGGACCGCUGGAAUACGUCCCUCUCUCGCUAGAGGAAAGGACACGCCUACAAAAGAAAGUCUUCAAGUGCAAAUGGCUCACAAGGGAAAGAGUGCUUGAGCAGGUCCCGACAAUGCAGAUCUUGACUGUACACAGACAAUGGAUCAAUGCUGGUGUCGUAGUGGACAAGGCGCAACAGCAGAAACUUGAGCGUUUCCUUGCCCGGGAGAUCAAUAUAGACACGCCUACUGUGUUCAAAGGCCAAGGACCGCCAAUGCUCAAACUCCUCAAUUACUUGCUGUCCACGCCGUUUGGUGCAGAAUCCAGGAGAAUGUGUCCCAAUGCCACAAAGCCAGGGCCUCAUCCAUAUGAACUCGUGAUAGAACCUAUGCAAACGACCAAUAUUCGCUGUGCCAGCAUGCUCAGUGACAUACACUUCCCUGUACUCAAUCUGCGGGAGUUCCCAGAGCAUCUUCUCCGGGGCCGCAGUACUGGAUUCCUCCCCGAGGAUGUCGCAUUCAUGGAGAUGUUACGAAUGACCUCGUCCAAUUGGACUGACGGCACAAGGAAAGCGACCGAGACCAUCUUCAAUCGCAAGGCCGUGAACGAAGGCAUCCAAAAUGCAAUCCGAACUCAGAACCUCAGCGCCCUGCGUUGCCUUCUCAAAAUUGAUGAAUACAGCAUACGCUUCUCUCCGCAAAAUGUCACACGUGACAUCAUUUACAAGAUACCCCAGGAGCAUUUCCUCGCGGUGGUUCGUACUGGACGGGACAACCCUCGCCAUAACCUGGCCCUCUUUGAGGCUUUGCUACGCGCCAGCGCUGAGUCCGUGCCCACACAGUCAUCUGAAAUGACAGAAUGGAUUGUCGAAAAUGUCAACCUUUACAGCAAAGACCCAAAUCCUUCUCAUUUGAUGAACGUUAGACUCGCACACUGGUUGCUAGAUUGGCAGAUGCUCCUGUCUGAGCAUCUCAGAGACCUUGAUAACGGGUUUGCCUCCCAAUUGUUCGUUUGUGGGGGGUUGAACAUGCAAGAUAGCGAAGGUCAAAUCUUCAAUGCGAAGGUCUUGCGCCCUGAACGUGAGCCAUGGGGAAAUUGGAUCCAAGAAAGUCCAUUCCAGAGUGAGAAACACUGGAUCAUGAAGAAAACUGAACCCUCUCUCAAUCAAUGA